AGAUUAUCAGAAGAACCGCCUCUUGAACAUAUUACUUCUAAGGCAGAAUCAGUUGGUUAUGUGGUGAUUAAAGAAAGUAAAUUUAAGGAUUUAGAAAACACAGAAAAGUCUCCAACUAUUGAAUUCAUCAAGAAGAAAGCCAAAUUGUUGAAUUCAGUAGUUUUAAAUAAAUUGGAAUAUAAUGAGUUACUUCAGAGAAUCGAAAACCCAACAAUUGACGAGAUAGAGAACCGUGCUGGCAAGAAGGGCUUGGCUAUAUUAGAGAGUAAAGACCUUACAACAUUAAAAAAAUUGGCUCAUGAACCUUCUGCGGAUCAUAUUAUUUCUAAAUCUAAUGCUGCCGGAUUAGUAUCUCUUACCACUUUGGAGCAUGAAAAUCUAUUUGAUUUAGCUCAUAAACCUACAAGAUCACAACUUGAGAUUAAGGCGAAGGAAGGUAACUUGAUAAUUUUAGAAGCUAAGCAAUAUAAGGACAUGAUAGAACAACAGAAAAGACCGUCUAUUGAUUAUUUGAAAGCUAAAGCUGCCGAAAAUGGACUAACUACUUUGACAAUCGAUGAGUAUAGAGAGUUGGAUGAAUUGGCUCAUAAACCUUCAAUUGAUCAUAUAAAGUUAAAGGCCAAGGAUCUUGAUAUGGUGAUAAUGUCUGAAAAGGACCAUAACAAUCUACAAGAGUUGGCAUAUAACCCAACUGAAGAACAUUUAACUAAAAAAUCAAAUGAAUUGGCACUAAAGCUUAUGAAGAGCGAUGAGUACGAAGUAUUAGUGAAAUCUGCAAAUAGUCCACUGGUUGAUAGUAUAAAACAAAUGGCUUCUGCUAAUAAUUUGAUAAUUUUAGAUGAAAGCCAACACAAGGACUUAAAGGACAUGGCAGAAAAGCCAUCUAUUAUUCAUAUUAGUUCGAAAGCUGAAGAAAUGGGAUAUGUAAUCGUCGAGAGGGAAAAGCAGAAGAAAUUGGAAGCUUUGUCAAACAACCCAACGCAAGAGCAAGUUUCAGAAAUAGCAUCCAGAUUGAAUUUGACUACCUUGAGUGUAGGUCAACAUGAAGAGCUUAUGGAAUUGGCUAAUAAUCCUAACAGUGAACAAAUUGCAUUAUGUGCGAGUAAAUUAGGGCUAGUUACUAUAGAGAAAGGCCAGCGAGAUAAAUUAUUGCAAAUAUAUAAUAAUCCGAAUCCUGAAUUUAUCAAAGAGGUAACCUCAAAGGCUGGAAUGAUUGCUAUCGACAAUGGUGAAUAUGAUACUUUGGUUGGGUUAGCGAAUGAUCCUUCUCUUUCUCAUAUCGAGAAACUUGUAAAAGAGAAGGGACAUGCGGUUGUUGCGUGUGAAGAAUUAGAAAAGUUGGAAAGACUCGCGAACAGCCCACAUAAGGAACAUAUAAAUGAUGUAGCUGAAAAGUUAGGACUUCUUUUGAUACCAGAGAAGGAACAUAAAGAAUUACUCCAACCAAAUAAGAAAAGAAUCAAGAAACAAGCAAAUGAUCUUGGUCUUGUAUUGUUGCCUAAACAAGAGUAUGAUGAAUACAAUCAAACUAUCAAUAAUCCUAAAGAUUUUAUAUUGAAUAACGCUCGCUCAUAUGGAUUAGUAGCUACCUCAGAAGAAAAGUUCAAUGAAAUAUCAUUGAAAGCGAACAAACCCGAUAAAAACCAUCUUAUUGAAAUGGCACCUUUAGCUGGAAUGGUCGCUUUAACGAAGAGCCAACAUGAUCAAUUCCUUUCCCAAACACGCGAAACCAAAGAUGAACCAGUUAAUUUAGAUUUUGAUACCAUUGUCAAAUCGGCAUCUCAUUCUGGUUACGACUUAAUAAAGAGAGAAGAUUUAAUUGAGAUGCAGAACAAACUUGAAAAUCCAAGCAAAAAGCUGCUAAUAGAACAAGCUGAAAAGCAAGACUUAACCAUAGUACCUAAGUCGAAAUUUAUUGAAAUGGAAAGAAGUAUCAAUACACCUUCAUUAGAAUUUCUCACAAAACAUUCAAGCAUUAUUGAACAUUCCUUGAUCCCAAAAAAUGAAUAUGCAGAGAUCAAAGAAAAAAUCAAUAAUCCAACUAUUGAUUUUAUAAGACAGAAUGGAGAAAAAAAGGGGCUAGUUGUUUUAAACAAAAAUGAGUAUAGCGAAAUAAAAAACCCAAGUCACAGAAAAAUGCUUGAGUAUGCUUCUAAUGUUGGACUUAUUUGUAUCGAAAAAUCUACAUAUGAUGAGCUCCAAGGGAUUAUUUCCUCUCCAUCAAUUUCAUUUUUAGAAGAAAAGUCUUCAAAUAAUGGUUAUAGUUUGGUGUCUCAAGAUGAAUUUCAUAAGCUAAAUGAAAAGCUUCUGAGUCCAUCAGAGGAUUAUUUAAGAGAUAAAACGAAAUCAUUAGGACUUGUUUUAUUGAAUCAAAGUGAACAUGACGAGCUUGUAAGAUUAGCCCAUCACCCAGAUGAACCUCAUAUGCAUUCAAUUGCCUCAUUAAUGGGUUUGACUGUGGUAGAUAGUAGUCAAUACAAUGACUUAAAAUCAAAUGACACAAAUCCUACUCUUGAAUAUGUUUCUGAAAAAGCCAUGUUACUUGAUCAUAUUAUUAUAUCUAAAGAUGAGUAUUCCUUAUUGUUAAAGAAAGCUGAUAAAUCCUUGCUCGACAGAGCAAACGAUGAAAAUAUGACAGUUCUUAAUAAUGAGGAAUACGAUAUCAUGACAAAGAAUAUUGAUGAUCCAAGUAUGGAAUAUAUUACUUUGAAGGCUGAAAAUCAUGAUUGCAAAGUAAUACCUUUGUCAGAUUUCGAUCAAUUAUGUCACGAUGCAGAAAAGCCUAUACAUCAAAGGGCCGAAGAAAUUGGUAUGAAGGUGCUUUCUAUCGAGGAAUUCAUCAAAUUGAAAGAAGAAAUUGCAUCACCAUCCGCUUCAUACUUGUCGAAGAAGGCAGAAAAAUUAGACAUGGUGGUGAUAACAAAUGAAGAAUAUAAUAAGCUCAAGAGUCGUUUUGAAAAGACUGUCCACGAAAUUGCAAAAGAAUCACGCAUGCUUGCAUUACCUAUGACAGAUUUAGAUGCAUUAUGGUGUCAUUUUGGUAUGAAUAUCGACACCAAAACACUCGAUGAGGACCAAACUGGUAUUUUCAAAGAAAAGUUACAAAAAGUAAUCGAAGAAGUUGAGUCACCUUCGUUUGAGUAUAUUACAGAAAAAUUGGAUACUUAUAAUCAUGUGGCUGUUCCUCAAGAGAAAUAUGAUAAUUUGGUUGCGUCUUUUAAUGAACCAUUCGAUAUUAAAGCUAAGAAGCAAAAUAUUAAGCCGAUCACAUUAGUGGAUUACGACAAUAUAAUGCAACAGCUUAACAAUCCUACUUUGGAGAGCCUUGUUGAGAAGCUGAAGGUCCAUGACCACUUGGUUAUUCCUAAGGUUGAAUUUGAAACCUUGAAGAAGGAAGUUGAGAGUCCUACUUUGGAGAGUCUUUCUGAGAAGCUGAAGGUCCAUGACCACUUGGUUAUUCCUAAGGCUGAAUUUGAAAAGUUAAAUAAUGAGUUUGAAGAAUAUAAAAAUAAAGCUGUAAAUAAAGCUAUUAUAGAGCCAUCCUUAUAUGAAGAGUUAUGCACAAAGGCUUAUGACCCAAGUUUAGAUCACAUUAAGAAGAAAGCUCGAAAAUAUGAUCAUUCUCUAAUUUUGAAUGGAGAAUUGACUGAACUAAGACAAUUAUCGGAUUCACCUUCAUUGGAUCAUAUCAAAGAAAAAGCUGGAGACAAAGCGCAUAUCAUAAUAAGCCUUCCUGAAUUUGAAGAAUUAGAGAGUAUGGCCAAUGAGCCAGUUCAGGUUAAAGCCGAAAGAUUGUCAUUGAAGUUAUUGGGGGCAGACGAGUUUGAGGAAUUAAAAAAGAAUUCUUCUGAGUCUAUAGAAGAUAAGGCUUCUAGAUUAAAAAUGAAAGUUAUUUCAAUUGAUGAAUUUGAGAAGUUAGAGCGGAGUGCAUCUGAACCAUUGGCUAGGAAAGCUGAAGUUGCAAACCUAAAAUUGAUGUCACCUGAAGAAUAUCAAAACAUAAUGACUAAGAUUGAAUCGCCAUCAUUAGAAUAUAUAGAGGAUAAGGCACAUGUACAUGGCUUCUCUAUUAUAGAGUCAAAAGAAUUAGAUGAAUUACAUAAAUUGGCAGAGGAACCAUUGGAAGAUAAAGCUUCGCGUAAAAAGCAACGAGUUAUAUCAAUGAAUGAAUUUGAUAUUUUGCAGGGAAAAAUAGAAAAUCCUUCCCUAAAUUACUUAAUGGAGAAGGCUUCUACUAGAGGACAUACAGUUAUUGAAACGGAAAAGUAUGAUAGUUUAAAAUCUGUCGCAGGUAGGUCUUUGGAAGAUCACGCAAAAGAAUUUGAAAAGAAAUUGAUUUCACCUGAGGAAUACAAUGACUUGCUAGUCAGAGCCAACAAACCUUCAAUUGAAAGUAUCAAAAAGAAUGCGCUUAUAAAUGGAUUGAAAGUGUUGUCAAUUGAAGAUUAUGAGCAAUUGCUGUCUAUAGCUAAUCAACCUUUGGAUGAAAAAGUUAAAUCACUUGGUUUAAUAGCUGUUGAUGAAUCUGACUAUGAAAAUUUACAAGCACAAUUGAAUAAUCCUAGUCCUGAAGCUCUUUCAGCAAAAGCACAAGAGUUUGGUCUACAUGUAAUGCCAGUUGAUGAAUUCGAUUCUAUCAAAAAAUCUAUCCAUGCGAAAAUAAGAGAUGCUUCAGACUCAGAGAUUAUUGAAAUUGCUGAGAAACGUGGCUAUACGUUAAGAUCUGGAAGCGAACUGGCUGGUGAUACUGACGUGGAUGAAUUGACUAAGAAGGCAGAAAAAAUCGAUAUGGUAAUGAUAUCCAAACAAAAGUUUAAAGAAUUUUCAAACCCAAAACCGUAUGAUAAAAGUUUGGAAGAUCAUGCGAAAGAGUUGUCUCUCGCAUUGAUACCAGAGGUUGAUGUAUUGAAGAUGAAACAAAGCAUUGCAGAAAAGGAUUCCCAAAUAUUCAACUUGAGUAGAACUUCAGGCCAAGAUUUUGGUAAAGAAACACUCAUCAGCAAGCUGCAUGAACUUGAUAUGGUUUUAUUAGAAAAAACAGAUUAUCAUGAGUUAAAAUCACUUGCUCAUAUCGGAAAAACCCCCCCUCAAAUGAAUUUAUCGGCGGCCGAAAUUACUUCAUUAGCUUCUGAAUUAGGUUUAUCUGUAAUAACAGACGACGAAUACGCCAAGUAUGAAAAGCUAUCCAGAAUAGUAGAAGAUAAAGAUAAGUUGACUGAAGUCGGUAGAAAGUUAGGACUUUUAUGUAUUCCAAAAUCUGCCUUUAUUGCAACUACAGUUUCAAGGACUGCUGACGUGAAGAAGGUGACGGUGAUACCGACAACUUAUUAUAACAAAUUAACAAGGAAUGACACUUUAUGUAUUGAAAAAGUUUCAGAUGAAGUUUUCAAGAAAUAUGCAGAAAAACGUGGAUAUACAUACAAGGAUAGCUUUCCUAUGAUUCCAAAAUCAAACAGUGGAAGUCCCGAAAUGAAUAUAGUCUCAAAAUUCUCACCACCUGCUUCUGGCGGAAAUAUAAAGAGUCCUCCGUCGUUUGGCUCGGCUGGCUCGUACCAUAUAAAAAUGAAUUCUUUAACAGCAUCUAAUUCAAUCAGAUCCAAUUUAUCACAUCAUUCCAAUGUUAAUAGUAUUGAUGAUUCCCUUCAUAGUACUAGUGCUUUUUCAAUGGCGACAAAUGCUUCAUUAACUGAUAAAUCUAUGAUACCAGCAAUUACUCAAGUUGUUAUUGGUGAGUAUUUAUUUAAAUACUAUCGCCGCUUAGGUCCAUUAAGCUCAAUUUCAGAGAGUCGCCAUGAAAGAUAUUUCUGGGUUCAUCCAUAUUCGUUAACUCUUUACUGGUCAUCUUCGAACCCUGUACUUACUAAUCCUGCAGAACUCAAAACCCGUGCAGCUGCAAUUAUUAGUGUUGAAAGCGUUGAAGACAACAAUCCUCUACCAACAGGUUUAUACCAUAAGAGUAUUAUUGUUCAUUCUCAAAACAGAUCAAUAAAAGUCACAUGUGCUACAAGACAACGCCAUAACAUUUGGUACAAUGCCUUGCGUUAUUUGAUUAACAGAAGCGUUGAUGAUUUAACAUUUGAUAACGAUCAUUUCGAAGAGGGUGACAAGUCAGGAAAUAAUAAGGACGGCCUUUAUGACAUUGGUGACCGCCAUGCUCUUCCUAGGCCCAGGAUAUCAUCCACUCCUCCCAAUAUACUAAGAAGUCCAUCAAGUGGUAAAAUAGGACGUUUUCAUUCAUUGAGAAAUUAA